AUGGAACUGCCGGAAUUGCGGCUUCUGGUUCGAGAUGUGGUUGUGAAGGCAUGCGCGCUGACCUCGGAUUUGCAGCAGAGCCUUAUAAAGGACGAGGCGACUUCGGUGCUAUCCAAGGAUGAUUUCUCUCCAGUCACGGUGGCGGAUUUUGCCUGUCAGGCGCUGAUCACUUUGCUCUUGGAGCCCCGGUGUCCCCUCCCCAUGCUGGGUGAGGAGGACGCUCAGGCCCUGCGAAACGAUGAACGCCUUGCGGCAGAGGUCCAUGGCCACGUUGAAAAGUUUUUGCCCGGUGUGUCCGUGGCCGAUGUUAUAGAAGCCUUGGACCGUGGUCGACAUGAAGGAGGACUUGGCAGCUUCUGGGUCUUGGAUCCCAUUGAUGGCACGAAAGGCUUCCUGCGGAAGGAGCAAUAUGCCAUCUGCCUCUGCAUGGUGAAAGAUGGCACCAUCAUGGCGUCGGCUCUGGGGUGUCCCAAUCUGCCGGCAGAGGGGCCGGGCGUUGCCAGCGCUGGCGGCCACGGCUGCGUCUUCCACGCGGCCAAGGGCCUUGGCGCGGCGCAGCUGGACCUGCGAAGUGGCGAAGAACGGACCAUCCGAGUGGACCAGGAAGCAGCGAACACGUACGUUGAGUCUUACGAAUCAGCCCAUUCUAGCCACGGAGCGCACUCACAAAUCGCUGAGCGUUUGAAGUUGCAGCCACCACUUCGUAUGGACAGCCAAUGCAAGUUUGGAGUGGUGGCACGUGGACAAGCGAGUCUCUAUUUGAGGUUGUCUGACCGUGAGCAGAAGAUUUGGGACAUCGCUCCUGGUACCCUUGUUGUGGAAGAAGCUGGUGGUCAGGUGAGCGAUUCGGAGGGCCGACCCUUGUGCUUCUCCUUGGGUCGGACCGUGGGCGUUCGGGAGCUCUUGGCGUCCAACGGCACCAUCCACGGCCAGACCUUGGAAGCCAUUGCGGCCUGUCACAGACCGAUUUCAAGCAUUGCUCCGCCGAAUACCAUGGCCGCCAUGGAACUCCCGGAACUGCGGCUGCUGGUUCGAGAUGUGGUCGUGAAGGCAUGUGCGCUGACCUCGGAUUUGCAGCAGAGCCUUAUAAAGGACGAGGCGACUUCGGUGCUAUCCAAGGAUGAUUUCUCUCCAGUCACGGUGGCGGAUUUUGCCUGUCAGGCGCUGAUCACUUUGCUCUUGGAGCCCCGGUGUCCCCUCCCCAUGCUGGGUGAGGAGGACGCUCAGGCCCUGCGAAACGAUGAACGCCUUGCGGCAGAGGUCCAUAGCCACGUUGAAAAGUUUUUGCCCGGUGUGUCCGUGGCCGAAGUCAUAGAAGCCUUGGACCGUGGUCGACAUGAAGGAGGACUUGGCAGCUUCUGGGUCUUGGAUCCCAUUGAUGGCACGAAAGGCUUCCUGCGGAAGGAGCAAUAUGCCAUCUGCCUCUGCAUGGUGAAAGAUGGCACCAUCAUGGCGUCGGCUCUGGGGUGUCCCAAUCUGCCGGCAGACGGGCCGGGCGUUGCCAGCGCUGGCGGCCACGGCUGCGUCUUCCACGCGGCCAAGGGCCUUGGCGCGGCGCAGCUGGACCUGCGAAGUGGCGAAGAACGGACCAUCCGAGUGGACCAGGAAGCAGCGAACACGUACGUUGAGUCUUACGAAUCAGCCCAUUCUAGCCACGGAGCUCACUCACAAAUCGCUGAGCGGUUGAAGCUGCAGCCACCACUUCGUAUGGACAGCCAAUGCAAGUUUGGAGUGGUGGCACGUGGACAAGCGAGUCUCUAUUUGAGGUUGUCUGACCGUGAGCAGAAGAUUUGGGACAUCGCUCCUGGUACCCUUGUUGUGGAAGAAGCUGGUGGUCAGGUGAGCGAUUCGGAGGGCCGACCCUUGUGCUUCUCCUUGGGUCGGACGGUGGGCGUUCGGGAACUCUUGGCGUCCAACGGCACCAUCCACGGCCAGACCUUGGAAGCCAUUGCGGCCUGUCACAGACCGUGACGACCGCCGGUCGGCCAUGGUCGGCUUCGAAAAAGCUGCGCAUGCUGAGAAGGGAAAUGUUGGCAGAUGAUUCAUUG